AUGAGGGCAAAUGUGAGGACAACGGCGCCAUUUGUGCGGUCAUUAUUUCAAUCUGUCCAACAGAGGAACUUCUCAGCAUCAGUGGGAAGACAAAAACAAUGGGGGUUUAUUGGUCUCGGUCAAAUGGGAUACAAUAUGGCGAGAAAUCUUCAAGCCAAAUUACCUCCUGCCGAUACGAUACGAGUCUAUGAUAUCAAUACGGAAGCAGUGGAGAGGUUCACAAAAGACACAAAAGCUCUUGGGAAUGGAGCUGUCGUCGAGGCUGCAAGUAACGUCAGAGAAGCCGCAGAAAAUUCUGAAACUACCAUUACCGUUUUACCAGAGCCAGCACAUGUGAAGAAUGUCUUUAGUCAAAUACUCAAGCCUCCACUUUCUACAUCUGUAGUCGCCAAUCCUGAUCGUCUUUUCAUUGAUUGUUCCACAAUUGAUCCAACAUCCUCUAGAGAUGUUGCUAGGGCAGUUCAUACAACACAACAAGGUCGAUUCGUCGAUGCGCCAAUGUCAGGAGGUGUUGUUGGCGCAACUGCCGGAACUCUGACCUUUAUGCUUGGUGCUUCGGAUGAUUUAGUUGAUCGUGUGACUCCCAUACUCACCAUGAUGGGAAAGAGGGUGUUACAUUGUGGAGCUCAAGGUGCAGGUCUUUCCGGAAAGCUUGCCAAUAACUACCUUCUGGCGAUCAAUAACAUUGCAACAGCUGAAGCCAUGAACUUGGGAAUAAUGUGGGGUCUUGACCCACAAGUCCUAGGUAAUUUGAUUAACAGUAGUACUGGCAAAUGUUGGCCAAGUGAACUUAACAAUCCCGUCAAAGGUGUUGUAGCUGGUGCACCAGCCGAACGAGAUUAUAGUGGAGGUUUUGGUAUAAGCCUCAUGAAGAAAGAUCUAGGACUUGCAUUGAAAGCAGCAGAAGAAGUUCAGGCCAAACUUGAGCUUGGUAAUAGAGCUCGAGAGGUUUAUGAAACUGUGGAACAACAGGAGAAUUGUAAGGGCAAGGACUUUUCUGUUGUUUAUAGAUAUCUUAGCAGUUCGGGGUAA